AUGAUCUUAGGGAACUCUGUUGAAUUCCUUUGUGCUUUGAGAGUGUAUAGAAUUGGAAGAAGGAGCAUCACUUUUAUAAUAGUCUCCAAAGGAUAGAACUAUGGAUGUAUGUUUGCACAGGAAUACAUGGGGUGAUUACUGUAGACCAGUGGUUGCCAACCUUUUCAGUGUGGUGAGCUACUUUGAUAAUUCUGGAAUAAACAGUGAGCUACCUAUAUAUAGUUAUAAGCAAUGUAAGCCAACUUAAAUGAAAUUAUACACAAUUGUAUGCAACAUACAUGUGUUUAUUUUACUAAUACUAAUAAACUUGAAUAAACUUUCAGUAACUGAAAAGUGGCUGCUUGCACUUUUCAUUGCUGCUACUUAUGGCAGUCACAGCUAUUUGGCCAUCAGACUUUACUAUAACUUUAAUCUAUACUUUGAUAAUAGCAAUGUUUAAUCUUAAGAUGUUCAUAUAUUCUUCAAUCAUACCUUUCAAAUUCAGCAAAUAACAGUGCAAUGUCCUUUUUGAAAUAUAAAUCACAGUCUAAUAAUAUUGCAUGGUGUUGAUUUUGAGGUGCUAUCCUAUAUAAGCCUAAGGAUAUGUAGAAUAGAGCAUCACUGUAAUAAGUACCUGCAAAAAAAAGAUUAUGUACCGAAACUGUAAAAUAUUUAUUUCAAUAAAAGUAAGAUAAUGUAAUAUAAAAGUAGUUCUGGCAUGACAAUUGGAGAUAAGUUACUUUUCGAUUUCCAGUUAAGAGGUUUAUAACCCAAUAAAGAGC